CCCCGAAAUCGAAACCGAAUUGCAACCAGGAAGGGUCGAGAAGUCGCGGCCGCUGCGAGAACCCACCGAAAGGGCCAAAGCCCAAAAAAACCCCAAGGCCAGCGGGAGACCUAGGAUGGCUCAGGACAAUGCUGGAUCGAGCCCCGCGCCACCCGAGAGGCCGGAAAUGGAGAAAGAAUUCCAGUUCCUCUCGUGUGAGAAUUGCCGCCAGGAAGCCGGGUGCCCCAAACUCCUGCCCUGCCUUCACAACAUAUGCACGGAAUGCCUUCACGAAACCAAACCUGCGAAUUGCUGCCCCAUCUGCGAGACGCCGCACUCCCAAACGGAGGGGACCGCCGUUCAAGACAACAUGCUCUUUGCCAAUCUUCGAGACAAGCUGAGAGUCUUCCAGAUGAUUAAGAGCGGCCAGGACUUGGUUUGCAACAAUUGUAAGAAAGAGGGGACGUACUGGUGCUCUGACUGCCAGGAAUUCCUGUGCACCCCGUGUUUCGAAAGCCACCAGAGGUACCUCAAGAGGGAGAGCCAUGAAGCGAGGGCCGUGAAGGAUAUCAAGGCCAAUUCGAGCGAGGGAUUCCUUGCGGAAUUCAAGAAUGUCACUGUCAUGUUCUGCUCCAUCGCAGACCACAGAAUGCAACACCUGAGCAUCUACUGCAAAGCCUGCCAGAGGUCCAUGUGCUGCGUCUGCGCAGUGCUGGACUCCCGACACAACGGCCGGCACUGCCACAUCCAAGAAGAAAUCCAGCGGCGGCAGCAGGAGCUGCUGAGCAUGAGCACGGAGUUGAAGGAGAAGAAGACCUCCUACGACCAGACAUGCGUAAACCUCCGGGAGAUGAUCCGCAACAUGGUGGAGACGAAGAACAAAACCAGGGAGCAGAUCGAGCAGAAGGUGGCUGAGAUGGUGCGGCUGGUGCAGGAGGAAGGGGAGAAGCUGUUGGCCUCCGUGCAAGAACAGCACCAGCGUCAUGUCCAAAACGUGGAUGAGAAGCUUCACAGGGUGGAGUUGGUGGUCCAGAGGAUGGAAUCCAGCAAGGAACUGGUGGAGAAGAUGCGCCUCUAUGCCUCUGACCAGGAGGUUCUGGACAUGUACCCUUUCAUCAGGGAGUCCCUGGAGGAGUUGAAGAGGAAGCAGCCGCCCGUGGUGGAGACUCAGAUCCCGGUGGGGAACUUUGCAGAAGUGGAGACCCGCCUUCAGGCUUUUUAUGAAAGAGUGACGAAGGAGAAAGAAGCUGCUCCAAUUCCCGUCAGAAUAACAUCCAGCCAGGAAUCUUUAGGGAAGGAGCCUGUGAAGAGGAAAAUCGUGCAGGUGGGAAACUUCUCUCAAACCCCCGCAAAAUUCAUUAAAACUGAACCUGACAACAGUGAGCAGAAACAAUCAGCCGGUCAGGUAGAUCGGGAACAGCCAGGAACCAGUUUGGGAGACCAUCCAGCGGGGAAUGGAAGCAGCAUCUGGAAAGGAGAAGAUACUGAGAUCAUCUCCGAAAAGUGGUUCCCCGUUUCAUUCUCCGAGUCGUCUGAUACAGAUGCCUUCAGCUGUUUGAACAGUGGUGGGGAUGAUUCGAGCGGCGAUGACGUUGUAUCUGUGGGUUCCAUCCUUCAAGAGGACAUCAGCUCAGAGAGCAGACAGGAUGACUACUGGAGAAAUAUCUUCCGCCCACCCAGACAGCUUGUCUCAGGGCAAGGAUCCCUGGUGUUUUUCGACCUGAAGGUUUUACCUGGGAAGAUCCUUCACCUGGUAGCUGUCAUUGACGAAACCAGCAUAUUCUCCGUUGUGAUCCAGCCGCUGCUGUCUUCACCUAGAAGAGACAUGCAAGGAGGUCUCUGCGAGAUCGGGCUGGAGGCCUUCCUCUGCUGCCUCCUGAGUCUCCACCAGCCCAUCCUCGUGGGCUACGACUUGUGGUCCAUGAACUUUCCAGCCCUGGCGGGGGCCUUGAGGACCAUCAAGAAGGAGGAGGACUUCAAAGGUGCUAUUUUUGGUUUCUUAGAUGCCCUGCCCCUCAUUAAGGAGAGAGUCCCGAACCUUCCCAGCUAUUCGCUGAAGAGCCUAGAAAACAUCUACCUUACCGGGCAGCUGAACGAGAGCCAAGUGAUCGACUGUGCCAAGACCGUGAAAGACCUCUGUAUCGUUUUGGAUCUGAACCCGGGGGUGGACAGAAGACUGGUGAUCCCCUAUUCCAGCUUGCAAAGUUUUGGUUCCCUCAAGCCUCUAUUAACGAGGGGACUCCUCAGCCGUUCCACUGUUCAGGCUUUGGCUCUGCACGGCGUCUCCCUUUACGUGCUGCUCUCCGUAUACAAAAAGGACCCAGGGCACGGGUUGCAAAAAUUUGCCAGGUACUUGAAUUCCAGGCAGAUCAGUGGCGGGAGGAAAAUCCGACAGCUGAUCCGGGCUCGACUCUAUUUUGACACUCUCCCCUCCAUGUCUCAGGCCUCGACGUCUGCGGCAACGAAGUCGGAGACCUGCUUCUGCCAUUAAACCUGAAAAUAAGCAAUAUGUCUGUAUCUUGAGAUAAGCGAUGACAUAUCUUCCAGGUUUAGACUGGACGUGUUUCGAGAGGCUCUCCUUUCUUCAAGUCACCAUCAUUACAUUUGGAACUGCUGCUCAAAAUAAAAUUUCACAAAUCAAAGGACCACUACUGGAAAUGGACCAGGGACUUCUACAUGGACUUCUUUUAAUCUAGACACAAAUAAUGGCUCCGAAAAUGUAAUUUUGUAUUGUGGAGUGCAUAACACGUUAUUUUAAGUAA